AAUGAACCGGCUGGAAUUAAGUGAGAUCUAUUCCGAUCCGAUAAUCAAUUAUUUUCCGAUUCACUUAUCAUCCCAUUUUUGACACCACUCUGCCAAUUUUUUUCCGAAGUACACUUCCCUGUGACAUAGUUGUGCAACCAAACAAGAAACUUAAUAACAUUUGAGAGAACCCCCUCCCUCCACCGAACUGAAACUGGUGUAGUCUAUAAACUUCUAAAUGCAUCAUCAUUUCAAUCAAAUAUCAAUUACCAAAAUGCUUCUGCAGUUAGCCUGCCUUUAUCUCUGUGGACUAACGUUGACAUUAACCACAGCCACCACAACCUUCACAGCCUCCACCUCCGCCGCCAUCACCGCCACCAACACCACUGUCGACACCUCCAACAUCGCCAAAGGCGCCAACAUCACCAAACCAGGCUGCCCCCGCCAAUGCGGAAAUUUGACAGUGCCAUACCCUUUCGGCAUCGGCAAAGGCAGCGGCUGUGGGAUUGGAGAAUGGUUUGAAUUUAACUGCAGCUAUGCGUUCGACCCUCCAAGAGCCUUUCUUGGAACAAUCCAAAUAUACGAAAUUUCAGAUAGCCAAAUGCGUAUUUCGAAUGUAAUGGCGAGAAGAUGCUAUGAUAGAUCCGGGGCAGUGGUUUAUUCUAAUACAGCCUCUUCUGAUAUCACCACCACCCCCUUCAGCUACUCCAAACUAAACAGGUUUACAGUCAUUGGUUGCGAUGAUUUUGCUUUGAUAACAGGCGGGGGUGACCGCAGUUUCACAAGUGGAUGUGUUUCGCUUUGUUCCAAGGCGGAGGACGUGCUGGAUGGAUAUUGCUCCGGUAUUGGGUGCUGCCAAACUUCAGUCCCAACGGGGCUAAAAUUUUACUUAACUUCACUCAGUACUUUGAAUAAUCAUACUAGGGUCUCAUCGUUUGACCCUUGUAGCUAUGCCUUUGUUGGCGAGCAAGAGCGUUUUAUCUUUCAUGGUGCAAAGGAUUUAUCUGAUCCGAAUUUUAUGGAAAGGACUAGAGCCACUGUCCCAAUAGUGCUAGAUUGGGUGAUAGGGAAUUUGACUUGUGCACAAGCCAAAGUUUCGACAGACUAUGCUUGUAAGGCCAAUAGUUAUUGUGUUGAUUCAGAUACUGGUUUGGGUGGGUAUCGUUGCAGCUGCAACACAGGGUAUGAGGGCAACCCGUAUCUUGAUCCAGGCUGCCAAGAUAUUGAUGAAUGUGCAGAUUCAAACAGCAACAACUGUGAAAAGAUUUGCAUAAACACUCCAGGAAGUUUUAACUGUUCUUGUCCUCCUGGAUACUAUGGUAAUGGCAUAAAGGAUGGCCAUGGUUGCAUUGCUAAUAACUCGGAGUUCCCCGUAAUCAAGGUGGCCUUAGGUAUAGGAUUUGGGUUUCUGUCUCUAGUUAUUGGAGUAACUUUGGUAUAUUUUAGUGUGAAGAAAAGGAAGCUCAUAAAACUCAGGGAGAAAUUCUUUCAGCAAAAUGGCGGUUUGCUGUUGAAACAACAAAUAUCUUCUAACGAUGGUAAUAUGGAAUCAUCGACAAAAGUCUUUACAGCAGAAGAGUUGGAGAAAGCUACCAAUAGUUAUGCAGAAGAUAGGAUCCUAGGUCAAGGUGGUUAUGGCACCGUUUAUAAAGGAAUCCUACCCGAUAAACGUGUAGUAGCCAUUAAGAAGUCCCGAGUGAUGGAUCAGAGCCAAAUAGAACAAUUCAUCAAUGAAAUGGUAAUUCUUACACAGGUUAACCAUCGAAACGUAGUGAAGCUCCUAGGAUGUUGUUUGGAGUCUGAGGUUCCUUUACUAGUUUAUGAAUAUGUCUCUAAUGGAACACUCUUCGAACACAUCCGUGGUAAGGGGGCAUUAACUUGGUUAUCGUACGAGAAUCGUUUAAGGAUAGCCGCAGAAGCCGCGGGUGCUCUUUCUUAUCUUCAUUCAGCAGCCGCUAUGCCUGUUAUUCAUAGGGAUGUCAAGUCUGCGAACAUUUUAUUGGAUGAAUAUUACACUGCAAAAAUAUCAGAUUUUGGUGCUUCAAGGUUAAUCUCCUUGGACGAAAAAGAAGUGACCACACUAGUCCAAGGGACACUGGGAUAUUUGGAUCCUGAAUACUUCCACACAAGCCAGUUGACAGAAAAAAGUGAUGUUUAUAGUUUUGGAGUUGUUCUUGCUGAACUUUUAACUGGGAAAAAGCCGAUUGACAUGGAAAGGAGCCAAGAAGAGCGGAAUCUUGCCACGCACUUUGUCAUGUCCAUUAAGGAAAACCGCUUGUUUCAGAUUCUUGAGCCUCGAGUCGUGAGGGAGGGGUCUUUAGAACAGCUCCAAGCAAUUGCUCAGCUUGUUAAGAGAUGUCUUAACCUCAAUGGUGAAGACAGGCCUACAAUGAAAGAAGUGGCUAUGGAACUUGAAGGUCUAAGGAAGUUUAAUAAUCAUCCUUGGACUCAUCAACCUGCACACGAAGAAUCUGUCAGAUUAAUGAAUCCAAAUGAUUCAUCGGACCUUUAUGCCGUUCCAAUGACCUCAACAGACCUUUACACCGUUCCAAUUAGCCCUUAUACCAACACUGGGGAUUUAUCCGGACAAUACAGUUUGGAUAGUAGUCAAAUGAUGUUCCAUCAUGUAAACAACCCUCGAUGAUGGAAAUAUCGGCUUUUCUUGGCAUUCCUCUGCUUACUCGUACACUUCUUUCUUGUUUGUGCCUUUUAGUCUUCAUUUGAUGCAAUUCGAGUACUUGUUCGUUCAGUUCAAAGAAAUAAAAUUACUGUUUCCCUAAGUUUAUGUCGAGCUAUGAUUUAGUAUCAUGCAAGUUCUUUGCUGUAAAAGAGAAUCAUAUUGGUCUUGAACUUUAAUCAA